UGACAGAGUGGGCCUCUCAUACCCAAAAGGAAGGCAGCAUUGCAUCUCAGAGCACAGAAGGGGGCAAAAAUGAAGGGGGGUAUAUUGAUAACGUCCUCCUUAUCUGUAUGAUGUAGCUGAAUCUUCUCUUUGUGGGGCAGAAAAAAAGAAAAACAAAAAAAAAAUGCUUAGCUGAGUCCUGCCAGGCAUGAUAAUAACUUGAUGUGAUUAGCCCCUUGCACAGGUCUGGACUCCGAGUCAUCGUGGAAUUGGGAGUCCAUGUCAGGUUUUAGUGGAGUCCUCCGCUCAGACGGCUCCUGCAGACGGCAGCCUGCUCCGCACUGCACUGGCGCUGUUUGCUGGAAGCCCGCUCCGCGCUGCUUCCACCAAGUGUCUCAACACUGUGAGCGGGAUCUCUUCCAGAGGCGAGCCGCUGAAACUUGCCCAGUCUCCACAGUCUGAUUCAGAGGAGCCAGGAGAGCAGCAUCGGCCGCUAUAAGUAGCGUUUUCGUCAUCUGCCCUUCACCAGACUGACAAAAAUACUCAACUCAGUGUUGUCCCUCUCAGUCUUUUUUAUUUAGCUUUUUGUGUUUUGUUUUGGUCCCCGAGCUGCUCUUGUUGUAUGCUGUUGCUGCUUCGGAACUGAAUGCGCACAGGAGCGCCGAGAAUAGAUGAGUCGCCUCUAACGUGAGGUGUUGAUGAGUUAGGACUGAGCGCAGAGCAACACCUUGCAUGCGAUGGAAGUGUCUGUCCGGUGCAGGAGAGCGUACGGGCUGAGAGGGGGACCUGUCGCCUGAUAGCCAGCCUAUGUCCCAGAUAAGGGGAGCAUGCCUCAGACCUGCAGACUCACUCGCUUCCAUGCAGAGGAGCUCCAAUCAGACUGUCUUUCCACAAUCUGACAUUUUUAUUUAUUUUUUUUUUGUAUUCAACUUUCUUGCUUUACUGUCUUCAUUUUGCCCUUUUUUCUGGGCUCCACUGCUUUUCAAGAAAGGUGAAAGGAUCAAUGAUGAGCAUCACCGAGACCAGUUGGCUUGGACUUUUUUAAUCAGAACCUGUUAGUUACAACACAUACCUGCCACAAACCAUCAAUACCUGGCACCAUGGCAUGCUCCCUGUGGAAACUACAAACCUUCUGCUGGUUUCUUAUCACUCUGGCCCAAGUACACUCUACAGAAGGAUUUAGUCGAGCUGCCCUGCCGUUUGGCUUAGUAAGGAGAGAGCUGUCUUGUGAGGGUUACCCCAUUGAUCUGCGGUGUCCGGGAAGUGAUGUCAUAAUGAUUGAAAGCGCCAACUAUGGCCGAACAGAUGACAAGAUCUGCGACGCCGACCCCUUCCAGAUGGAGAACACCAACUGCUAUCUACCAGACGCUUACAAGAUCAUGUCACAAAGAUGUAACAAUCGGACCCAGUGCAUUGUGAUCACAGGUUUAGAUGUCUUCCCUGACCCCUGCCCAGGGACCUACAAGUACCUGGAGGUCCAGUAUGAGUGUGUACCCUACAGUCCAUGUCCAACCAGAAUUGGACCAAGAACACAGAAAGUAUCCUAUCGCAACUGCCCUGUUUUUCUUUGUCCUGGGACUCUGAAAGCUGUUGGUGAUCCUUCCUUUCUAUUUGAAGCGGAGCAACAAGCUGGCGCCUGGUGCAAAGAUCCACUGCAAGCCGGCGACAAAAUCUACUUCAUGCCUUGGACUCCUUACAGGACAGACACUCUAAUUGAGUAUUCCUCUCUGGAUGACUUCCAAAAUGCUCGGCAAACCAUCACCUACAAGCUGCCUCACCGGGUGGAUGGGACUGGAUUCGUGGUCUACGAUGGGGCCGUAUUUUUCAACAAGGAACGUACGCGCAACAUUGUGAAGUUUGACCUGCGGACUCGAAUCAAAAGUGGCGAGGCCAUCAUCAAUAAUGCCAACUACCAUGACACAUCUCCCUACAAGUGGGGAGGUAAAACAGACAUUGACCUGGCUGUUGAUGAGAACGGGCUGUGGGUGAUCUACGCCACAGAGCAGAACAACGGCAUGAUGGUAAUCAGCCAGUUGAACCCCUAUACGCUACGAUUCGAGGCUACCUGGGAAACGACCUAUGAUAAGCGCUCAGCCUCCAAUGCCUUCAUGGUUUGUGGAGUACUGUAUGUGGUUCGCUCCACCUAUGAAGAUAAUGAAAGUGAGGUCAGCAAGAGCUUGAUUGAUUAUAUUUAUAAUACCAAACAGAACCGUGGGGAAUACGUUGAUAUACACUUUCCCAACCAAUACCAGUACAUCGCAGCUGUGGAUUAUAAUCCGCGAGAUAACCAGCUCUAUGUAUGGAAUAACUUUUACAUCCUGAGGUACAACCUGGAGUUUGGCCCACCUGAUCCAGCACAUGCACCACCUCUGUUGGAAGUCACUACGUCCACUCAGCCCCAGAGAACUACAACUACCACCACCACAACCACAGCCCACUGGGGUGUGGCCAACACUACCACCACAACAGGGCUGAAGGAGGGCAGGGGAGCGCCCAAGCCUCCUCCUGUAAUUCCACAGACUACUUCUCCUCCUCCACUGGAGUCCUUCCCUUUACCUGAGCGCUUCUGCAAGGCCACUGAAAAAAGGGACAUAAUGUGGCCUCAGACCCAGAGGGGCAUGCUCGUGGAGCGACCUUGUCCCAAGGGAACACGAGGCACAGCCUCCUAUUUAUGUGUUCUUUCCACUGGGGACUGGCACCCAAAGGGCCCUGAUCUCAGCAACUGUACCUCCCACUGGGUCAACCAAGUGGCCCAGAAGAUCCGCAGCGGUGAAAAUGCAGCUAACUUGGCCAACGAGUUAGCCAAGCACACCAAAGGCCCCAUAUUUGCUGGGGACGUCAGCUCCUCAGUGCGCCUGAUGGAGCAGCUGGUGGACAUCCUGGAUGCUCAGCUCCAAGAGCUCAGACCCAGCGAGAAGGAUUCUGCAGGAAGGAGUUUCAAUAAGCUUCAAAAGCGAGAAAGGACAUGCAGGGCAUACAUGAAGGCCAUUGUGGAUACAGUAGACAACCUUCUGCGACCAGAGGCCCUGAAGUCCUGGCAGGACAUGAACAGCACCGAGCAAACCCACGCAGCCACCAUGUUACUGGACACUCUGGAGGAAGGGGCCUUUGUCCUCGCCGACAACCUCAUGGAACCUGCCAUUGUCAAAGUUCCUGCAGAUAACAUUAUCCUGGAUGUGUAUGUACUCAGCACGGAUGGCCAGGUCCAGGACUUUAAAUUUCCUCAAUCCAGCAAGAGUGGGAUCUCAAUCCAGUUGUCGGCCAAUACUGUCAAGCUGAACAGUCGGAAUGGAGUUGCCAAGCUGGUUUUUGUGCUGUACAAAAACCUGAGCCAGUUCCUCAGCACAGAGAAUGCCACCAUCAAGAUGGCCAAUGAGGCUUAUGGCCGCAACGUGUCAGUGGCUGUCAAUUCUGACAUCAUCGCUGCCUCGAUCAACAAAGAGUCCAGCCGUGUAUUCAUUAAUGAACCAGUGAUUUUCACCCUGGAGCACAUUGACAUGGAGCACUACUUCAACUCCAAUUGCUCCUUCUGGAAUUACUCUGAGAGGAGUAUGACGGGUUACUGGUCCACCCAAGGCUGCAAGCUCAUGGACUCCAAUAAAACACACACCACCUGCUCAUGCAGCCAUCUUACCAACUUUGCCAUCCUCAUGGCGCAUCGUGAAAUCUCAGGCAACAUAAGAGACCAUCAUGAAUUGCUCCUUACCGUCAUCACUCGCGUUGGCAUUGUAGUAUCCCUCGUCUGCCUCACCAUCUGCAUUUUCACCUUCUGCUUCUUCCGGGGCCUGCAGAGUGAUCGCAACACCAUCCACAAGAACCUGUGCAUCAAUCUCUUCAUUGCAGAGUUGAUAUUCCUAAUUGGUAUCGAUAUGACAGAACCAAGGAUUGGAUGUGCCAUCAUAGCGGGGAUUCUCCACUUUUUCUUCUUGGCUUCCUUUUCCUGGAUGUGCCUUGAGGGAGUCCAGCUCUAUCUCAUGCUUGUGGAGGUUUUUGAGAGUGAAUACUCACGGAAAAAGUACUACUAUGUGUCUGGCUACCUCUUUCCUGCUAUUGUGGUUGCCGUCUCUGCAGCGAUCGACUAUGGAAGCUAUGGGACCAAGAAAGCGUGCUGGCUAAGUGUGGACAAUCAUUUCAUAUGGAGCUUUAUUGGACCUGUCACCUUUAUCAUCAUGCUCAAUCUCAUCUUCUUGGUGAUCACAAUGUACAAAAUGGUGAAGCACUCUACCACCCUGAAACCAGACUCAAGCCGACUGGAGAAUAUAAAUAAUUAUCGCGUUUGUGACGGCUACUAUAAUACAGAUUUGCCUGGCUAUGAAGAUAAUAAACGGUUUAUCAAAUCCUGGGUUAUGGGGGCUUUCGCCCUGCUGUGCCUGCUGGGGCUCACUUGGUCCUUCGGUCUCUUCUUCAUCAGUGAAGCCUCAAUUGUCAUGGCUUACCUCUUUACCAUAUUCAACACCUUCCAAGGAAUGUUUAUUUUCAUUUUCCAUUGCCUUCUUCAGAAAAAAGUCCGUAAAGAGUACAGCAAGUGCUUCCGCCACACAUACUGCUGUGGUGGGCUGCCAACCGAGAGCUCGCAUGGUUCUACAAAGACGUCUACGACACGGACCAGUGCACGCUACUCUUCUGGUACACAGAGUCGUAUCAGGAGAAUGUGGAAUGACACCGUAAGAAAGCAAUCUGAGUCCUCUUUUAUCUCAGGUGACAUCAACAGCACCUCCACCCUUAACCAAGGAAUGACCGGGAACUAUCUACUAACAAAUCCUCUUCUGCGACCACAAGGCACUAACAACCCUUAUAACACCUUACUGGCUGAGACAGUCGUGUGUAACACCCCCACAGCUCCAGUGUUUAACUCACCAGUGACCUACAGAGAGACAAGGCACUCACUGAACAAUGCGGUGAGGGAUACAAGUGCAAUGGAUACUCUACCGCUAAAUGGUAACUUUAACAAUAGCUACUCACUCCGCAAUGGGGACUUUGGCGACAGUGUGCAGGUAGUAGACUGUGGCCUCAGCCUGGACGAUGCUGCCUUUGAGAAAAUGAUCAUCUCGGAGCUUGUGCACAACAACCUGCGUGCCUGUAACAAAAGCCACCAACAGCAGCAGCACUCCAGUUUACAUCAUCCACCCCACCACCAGCAGCCGCCACAAUACCACCAUCACCACCACACGGAGCGGGCUCCGCCCAAGGUGACAGUGGUAGGUGGCAGCAGCAGCGAAGAUGAUGCUAUUGUAGCCGAUGCUUCAUCUUUGGUCCACGUUGGCGACACGGUGGGCCUCGAGUUGCACCAUCAGCAGGAGCUGGAGGCGCCUCUCAUCCCACAGCGGACUCACUCACUUCUGUAUGCACCCCAGAAGAAAGUGAGGACCAACGGGGAAGUUGAUACCUAUGUCAGUCAGCUGACACCCACCAACCCCGAUGAUAGCCUGCAGUCCCCAAACAGAGACUCCUUGUACACUAGUAUGCCUAAUCUGAGAGACUCUCCAUGCCCCGAGAGCAGUCCUGAUGUUGUGGAGGAUCUGUCUCCCACCAAGCAGAGUGAGAAUGAGGAUGUUUACUACAAGAGCAUGCCUAACUUAGGGGCUGGCCACCAGCUCCAAGCCUAUUACCAGAUAGGCAAAGGAAGCAGCGAUGGUUAUAUUAUUCCCAUCACUAAAGAGGACUGCAUCCCUGAAGGUGACGUACGAGAAGGACAGAUGCAGUUAGUGACAAGCCUUUAAACGUAUUUAAAUCAUCCCCCAAAACUCGCUGCCCUUACACAACCCUGACUUCUUGCAGGACACACUAGAGAAGGCAAGGGAAGUGUUCAAAUUUUUUUGGAGAGCGUAGAAGCCCUGUCACACAAGUUCACCAUUUACAAACCUCCCCUCCCCCAUCUACAUUGCCAUUUCCUUCCCCCCACCCCUUUGAAUCGCACCACUGCAGACCAACAGACUUAGAGCACAGCAAUGGCAGUGCAAAGUUUUAAAGAGACUGUAUAUAAAAUGCAGAGUCAGAUUUCCGUUUUAAGAGACAAGCCGACUAUGUAUUUAAAUGUGCUGCUGCUGUUGAAUAAUUGAGAAAAUUUUAUGGUACAAGAAAAAAAAAAAAAAAUACAGAAAAAAAAAAAGAAAGAAAAAACAGGCAUUACUGACUACAUCCAAUCAGCAGUUACCCUGUCAAAAGGUUGUACAUACACUCCCCAACAUUCAAGUUGAAGUCUGUUUUCUUUUUUUUCUUUCUUUCUUUUUUUGUCUUUUUUAAAUUGUGAACAAAACUACACGCCCGGACCAGGAGGUGGACACGUUAGUGAAAUGUUCCUGAUCAGACUGUUAGAAAAGGAAUAUAAGGUCCUGGCCGUACUCCCAUCACCAUGAAGUUUGGAUUGUAUAACCACUAGCAAUCAAGCCCCUGGCCUUAUAUUUUCUCAACUGUACCUUGAGCUGUUGUCAAGGAAAUCUGCUAAAAUAUAUAUUUUGUUGUAUUGAUAGUGUAAAAUAAAAAAAAAAUAAAAAAUGGGAAGCCGUACAUAUAAAGAAACCUUUUAAUUGCAAAACUUAACGUUUGAGAGACUAUUGUGUAGAAGAUGCACAUAUGUUAUACAGCGUGUUUAUGGUUCCAACACUUCAUUCAUGGUAGUAUGUUUGAACGUUAAAGGCUUCUAAAAAGAAAGAUGGAGUCAAUCAGUUAUAAAAAUGAAUCAUCACUUUCUUCACUUGUGAACAGUGUUUCUUGCUUAAAGAGUUCCAUUGAUACCGCCCAUUAAAAUAUGUUUAUUUGACUUUGCCAAAGCGGCAUUACUUUAGUAAAACAGGACAGCAGCAACCCAGUUAAGGUGAUUUAUGCAUUGCACAGUUUUUUGUGUAAUUUGAAUUGAUAGAGAACUUUAUAACAGUCAUGGCUGAGUGUUGGGCAGUUGCAACUGAAUUGAAACCGACUUUUAAUGAUAAUGUUUUUAUCAUAAAUGUAGUUCUUCCGCUCGGGUUUGGAUAUUUUAUUUAUUAAAAUCUUUCCAAAAAAAUAAAUAAAGGGGAAAUGUGUGAAUAUUUUCCAGCACUGGUAUACAUGCUGUACUGUAGCUCAUGUUUUUUUAUGUAAACAUAAGGGGCUCAUCACUUAAGACUGAUGUAAAGUUCAACACUUGUUUAUCAAAUACAAUAAAUGUGAGAUCUUUUGUCAAAUGCCA